CAAAUUCAGGUUCUUUUUUGUUCCCUUCUUUCUAAUUGCCGAAUCAAAAUAAAAAUAUUUAAUAUCUCCAUCAUACACUGGAGGCCUGGAGGGUCGUCAACUUGCUUGGCGCCAAUCGUUAUUAUAUAAUGGCGCGUAUAUUUUGGUUACAUAAUUUGUCCAAGACGCUAAACCACAUUCCGAAGAUAUUUAUAGGACGAAGAAGGCGUGGAAACAACAAGCAAGCAGACAACGUGAAAGGACAAGAGUUAGUUAUUUCGAGUUUUCGUGUGUCUCUGGAUUUAGAAACAGGCCGAGGUGGUAACGGCAGUGGGGCUCCUGGUUUUACUGCUUUUAUAUAUCUCUUCUUCUGACGGGAUUCAUUACCGUUCUUACUGGUUUCUUCAUUUAAUUAUUCGUUCAAUGUCGCAGUGCGCAUCGUAGCUUGAGAAAUUCCUCGAAUCCUGGCUAUUCGCUUUCCCUUCGUCUCAACCAGAACCUACCUUCACAAAUAACUGUCCUUUCCUUUCAGACAAUAAAAGGGAGAUAAGGAAUAAUUUUUUAAAGGUACUUUUUUGUUUUUUUCGCUCUCUCCCUCGAGUUGUUCGGUAUGUGAGGAAUUGCGCGAAUAUAUAGAGGCAUUAUUGGUGAGCCUGGACGUAUGAUAAGGCAGGGAAGGAGUAGCAAGGAGAAGAUGGGAAAGAUUUCAAGGAUUGGCAGUUACGCAAUCGCUUCUUCAAUAACGGAAAACCAACGACAACCUUGUAUUACCUGCACAACCUUUAAUAUUCUCGCUCCCAUAUACAAGCGCCUCGACCAUGAGGACCAGAGUUGCCGCGAGAGCGAUAACAGAGUGGACUGGUUGACCAGGAACCAUAGGAUAUUGGAUUGGUUGCUGUGCGAGAGAUCUUCCCUUAUAUGUCUUCAGGAGUUUUGGGUUGGAAACCAGGAGCUUGUGAAUUUGUACGAGAAGAGACUCGGUGAUGCUGGUUAUAUUAGUUUCAAUCUUGGACGGACUAACAACCGCGGUGAUGGUCUUUUGAUGUCGGUUCAAAAAGAAUACUUUACUGUCAUUGAUUACAAGGAGUUGCUUUUCAAUGAUUGUGGCGAUCGUGUAGCUCAGUUGUUACAUGUUAAAUUAGCUCUUCCAAUUUCACAAUGCAGUAACAAUGAUAUUGGGCAAGAAAUUCUAUUUGUGAACACACACUUGCUAUUUCCUCAUGAUUCAAGUCUGUGCCUAGUUCGAUUACGUCAGGUCUACAAGAUACUUCAAUACGUGGAAUCUUAUCAGAGAGAGCGCCAACUUAUGCCCAUGCCGAUCAUUUUAUGCGGUGACUGGAAUGGAAGUAAACGUGGGCAUGUUUACAAGUUCCUGAGAUCACAAGGCUUCGUAUCAUCAUAUGACACUGCUCACCAGUACACUGAUGCAGAUGCCCACAAGUGGGUUAGCCACCGAAACCACCUUGGCAAUAUUUGUGCUGUUGAUUUUAUAUGGCUACUAAAUCCUGAUAAAUAUCGCAAACUUCUGAAAGCAAGUUGGAGUGAAGCAGUAUUUGGCAUGUUGAAGUAUCUGUUGCUGAAGACUGCUCUGGCAGAGACUCGGGCGUUUGCCUUUUUAAAGGCUGAUAAAGAAGAUAGUAUCACCUAUUCUAGUUUUUGUGAAGCACUUCGGCAGCUUAAUUUAUUUGGUCAUUGCCAUGGGCUGAGUGAUGAAGAGACAACGGACUUGUGGUCCCAAGCAGAUAUAGAUGGAAACGGUGUUCUGGAUUAUAAAGAAUUUCUGGAGCAACUCUGGAAGCCAGAGUCAGAUGAGGGGAACGAAUACAGGAAUGAAGAGCACAAGGAUGUCUCCGAUGGCCAAAGGGAGCAAACCGUUGGUUUCAGUGUAAAAAAUGCAGUACUAUUUCCUCCCGAGGUGGAGAAAGGUAGAUGGCCAGAAGAUUACAGCCUUUCGGACCAUGCUCGGCUCACAGUAGUUUUUUCGCCUAUAAGAAUGCCGUGUUCACAGAUGACAUCCUGACAAAUGCUAGCUAGAGCCACUCCAAAUUUAGUUCAAGACAUUUGGCAUUGGGAAUAAGACAAGAACACAUUGAAAGUGAAUGAGUGACACAGGUGGGAGGAGCAUAGAAGCCAUGGCACACUCUUGAUAAGGUGACAGCAACGGAAAACUCAAGGAUAAAAUUUACUCUUAAAUACCUCACUGACUUUGAAGAUGAUUGAAGUGGCCAGAUUCAUCAGCCAUCACCCAGUUUGUUUUCCCCCUUCACCGCUUUUUCACACACUUAAUCCUUCGCUGACUGAAAGAAUAGAAAGAAAACAAAGAGGAAUGAUUUGUAUAGUUGUUGCAUAGGUCUUAAACAUCAACUAGUUCGUAGCUUUGAUUCGAGAUUUCAGUUAGGCUAAAAGCUACUUGUAACGGAUUUUGAUAUGAAAUGAGACAGUGAAUAGAACAAAGCACAAUGUGCUUCUUCAUAGGUUCUCUUUAA